CAGAUUAUUUUUUAAUAUGCGCUUCAUUUUUUAAGAUGGUAAAAUUUACAAUUGACGAAAAUAAAAACUACCAAUACGAAGACCUGCUAUUUGAUAAUGGCAACACUUUAGUCUAAUGUCAAAAGAAUAUUUGCAUUGUGGCGCCAUCUUAGAAUUUUUUCGUUUUCGCAACUAGUUUCCGUGAUUUGCUUUUGAUAAAAACAAAAUAAAAUCGGCAAAUAUACAUUGUGCAUAGUGCUUUUGUUUUUAAGUGGAACUUUUGAUUGAAUUCGAGGACUAUUUUACAGCUAAAUAAUACUGAGUGCGGUGUGGCGACACAUCGUUAGAUUACCUGCUUCGCUUCGUCAAGUUAAUUUCUUCAUUGUAUGGAUGUUUAAGAAGGAUACAACUAUGAGGAAAGAGGCGGUGGCGGUGUGACCGUGGCGGUGCUGGCGACAUGAGCGCGGCCGCGCUCCGAGCGGACGGCGCGGGCGACUCCACGCCCGGCUCGGACGUCGGCGAGCGUAUCACGCGGCUCUUCCCCAAGUGCCGCCCAAAGAACAUGCAGCACGCACACGACAGGUUGACCUCCAGCUUGGAGGGUCGCGAUCGCGACACCAACAAUGUGAACAACGCCUCGUCUGACGAGGAGCGAGGCAACGAGAGCCAGCUUGUCAUACUCAACUCUAAAGGAGGCACCUAUAAACUUAGGGAUUCUAGGAUCAUAGAAAUCGCAGGAGGUCGCGAGCUGUACUCCCAGAGCCGGACGAAGGCGGUGCGCAAGCUGCGACAUAAUAACACGCACAAACACAACCUCAGGAACAAAGUCCGCUCCCUCAGCAAAGACACCGUCGACUACGCAGCCGAUAACCUUAGUAAUGAGAUAUCCUUACACAGAAUAAAUAAUGAGCCUAAGAAAAUGAUAUCCCGGCACACAUCACCGACGUACACGAACGGGGAUCGUGACGUCAUCCUAGAGCAGAGUGCGAUGGGGAUUCCGAAGAAUAGUUCCCCUAUCCUGGAUCCCCACAAGACGACCGACGUCAGCACUAAAAGCAGCCCCAUUGCUGUCGUGGCUGACGGAGAAGUCGUUGUCUUUGAUGACAGUGAUGACUGGAAAGUGAUAUUGAAUUCUGUGUCUCUAGGUUUGAGGACGGAACCUGAAGCUAGUGACGAUGAGAUUGAUAUAAGUGUAAAGAGAACUUUAGACAAUAUUAAAAACGGUGAUAGUGAUGUGUUGAACAAUAAAAGUGAGAUUAGUGAUGGGAGUGAAUCGAGUCCGUCGCGGGAUGAGGUCCGGUUGAGUGACGCGAGUCCGUCUGCCGCGUGGCUGUCCGGUGAUGAAGACAAGUCGAGGGUGACCAGGGUCAUUGGUGAAUUGCCCAUCGCUGAGUACGAGGGCUCGCCGAGAAGGUACGGCGUUGGUUCGCAGAAGCCUACCCGGUCGCCGAGGCCUGGGUUUCCACAGAGGGUAGUGCCAGAGAACACAGACAUCAGUCCACCAUCAGGGUCAGCGGCCUUCGAUUACCUGUACGAGUUCUCAGAGACCAGGAAGGUUUUGGAAGAAUUCUUCAGAUGUCCCACGAACGCUGGACAGCCACAGAUCAAUAAUCUCAUCGCUAAUGAUGAGAUUGUUAACUUUCAGGAACUAGACUAUGAGCUAAGACGUCAGCCUCAAGAAUGUCCAUCAGAGAAUGGAUUGGAAGGCGGCAGCGAGUCCGAGUGGCCACACGUCUCCGACGCACUCGACUCGCCACAGACUACACAUAACCACACCAAUUUCUUAGGACUACAGGUCCGAACCACCCAACAGCCAGGUACGUACACGACCCCGAACGUGCGCGAGCUGAGCGUGGGCGCGGCGUGGAGCGGCUCGGGGUCCCCGACGGGCGCGCGGCCCGACGUACCCUUCGCACUCUCCACUGACUCCAGCGACAGCGGGAGUGACCGCUCACUCUCACUCAUGUUGAUGGAGAAUGAGCUGUCGGAGAUGAAAGCAGUAGUGAUGGACACGAGCCGCGUGGUAGUGACACACCUGCCCGUCGUGGAGGACGGACUGUCCUCGGGACACGCGUCCGAUAACGACAAUAAUAACCAGAUGGUACAGACACAUUCUGUAGUGAUAAAGGAGAUAGUGGAGAAUGGGACGAGCACGGACCCGCACGUGUUGUCUGAUGCGGACCUACAUUCACUAGACCCGUUAGUAUGCAGUACGUCCGCGCCGCCGCCGCCGCCGGCCCCGGCGCCGCACCGGCCGGCGUCUCCGAGCUCGGUCCACGCCGGCCACGCCCCCCACGCUCCCCACGCUGCCCACGCCGCGCUGCCGGCGUUGCCACACGCCCCGCUCACGCCACAUACGCCUCACACGCCACACGUGACGCAUACGCCUCACACGCCUCACGCCCAACAUACGCCGCAUCAUCACCAUACGCAUCACGAGGACGUGUAUCCGCCACGCAAAAGGCCGUCAUCAGCGCAGAGCACAGAAUCAGUAGAAAUUAAACCUGCCAGCGGUGACGAAGAUGAAGCCGACACAGACCUUGAGACUGACAGAUUACUUGGACAGCAGAGAACGGACGAUCAAGGAUUCUUCGACGACAAGGGAUGGCGCAAACCGAAAUCCCGUACGGUGAUGCCGGGCGGCAGCGUGGUGGCGGCGCGCUCACCACAUGCACACGACGCCACAGACAACCGGGACGAGGAGGCACUACACAAUGGAAAGGACAAAGACGGGAAGAAAAAGAGUAAAAAUAAAGAAGAUGUAAACCGUUCAGUGCUCAUAGAAGGCGUAUUGUUUCGCGCCCGGUACCUUGGAUCCACACAACUGGCGUGCGAGGGUCAGCCCACCAAAGCCACCAGGAUGCUACAAGCUGAAGAAGCCGUGUCCAGAAUCAAGGCUUUGGCUCCUGAGGGCGAAAACCAACCAAGUACAGAGGUGGACCUCUUUAUAUCUACGGAGAAGAUAAUGGUCUUAAACACUGAACUAAAGGAAAUUAUGAUGGACCAUGCGUUGAGGACUAUAUCUUACAUCGCGGAUAUAGGUGAUCUGGUCGUCCUCAUGGCUAGGAGAAGAUUUGUUCCACAUGAGAACGAUUCCGACCAGCCUAAGUUGAACCGCACGCCGAAAAUGAUCUGCCAUGUUUUUGAGAGUGAAGAGGCACAAUUUAUAGCUCAGUCUAUAGGCCAGGCGUUCCAGGUUGCCUAUAUGGAGUUCCUAAAGGCGAAUGGAAUAGAGGACCAUAGUUUCGUCAAAGAAAUGGACUACCAAGAAGUUUUGAACAGUCAGGAGAUAUUCGGAGACGAGUUACAAAUGUUCGCUAAAAAGGAAUUGCAGAAAGAGGUGGUGGUCCCAAAGACAAAGGGUGAGAUUCUAGGCGUGGUGGUGGUGGAGUCAGGUUGGGGCUCCAUGUUGCCCACCGUGGUCAUUGCCAACCUGGCGCCCGCCGGGGCUGCCGCGCGAUGUGGACAACUUAAUAUAGGCGAUCAAAUAAUAGCAAUAAACGGAGUAAGCUUAGUAGGGCUGCCACUAUCGACUUGUCAGACGUAUAUAAAGAACUCCAAGAACCAAACCGUGGUCAAGCUGACCGUGGUUCCUUGCGCGCCUGUAGUCGAGGUCAAGAUCAAGAGACCAGACACCAAGUACCAACUUGGAUUCAGCGUGCAGAAUGGAGUUAUCUGCAGUCUGCUCCGCGGUGGUAUAGCAGAGCGCGGCGGAGUGCGAGUGGGACAUCGCAUCAUUGAGAUCAACUCACAGAGCGUCGUCGCCGUCCCACACGAACGGAUCGUCAACUUACUCGCCACAUCCGUCGGAGAGAUAUUGAUGAAGACGAUGCCGACGUCGAUGUUCAGGCUGCUGACCGGCCAGGAGAACCCGGUGUUCAUAUAACGCGCGCCGCCGCCGCGUCUCAAGUGCCUGCUUACUACGAUAUUACAUUACGCCCACUCAGCACCGCCACACGGCCCUAGCCUCGCAAAAUAACCCGCAACUUAAUACUGCCGAUUAAUAUAAUAAAAAAAUAUAAUCGCCGCUAAAAUCUCAACUAUUCUGAAGUUUGCGCAAGUCAUGCGCAGUUGCGCAACUAUGUUUCGACGCUAACUUCAUAGCAGUGGAGGAAUUAGGUUUGUAAAUAUUAUAUAUUUUGUGUAUAAUAUACAUUAAACAGUUGUGCAGGAGUUUCUAAUGAUUGGUCAUGUUUAUUUAAUUUUGCGUUAACUAGGUACGUCAACUUAAAUGGCAAUCGGCCAUUAAUUUAGCGGCAAAUGUACAAUAAUCUAAUAAUUUAUAACGUUGACCAAUUAUUAAAAAUAUGUCUGCACAUUAUAAUAUAGAUUUAUAACAAAAACCCCGUAGAUAUCCCGUGUUAAAUAAAUAUAGAUGACCAUAUAACAAGUUAAAUAGUAAUCCUGGAAAUAAUGUAACUGUUAAGUAAGCUUUCUAACACCAUUUUAAUAUUGUUCUACGAGCUAUGAACUUCGACUGUCUUGUAAUUUUAAUUUAGUACGAAUAGUAUUAAUGUUGUCUCGAAUGAUUUGUGUAAACAAAAGUACAUAUUUUAAAUGUUUUUGUGAAGAUAGUCGAAGUACAUAAAUGAGUGCUGUAACCAAUGGAAAUACACGAACAAGCUCUAUUUCAAUCAGUUAUGAGUGAGCUUGAGGUCGGUGAUUCUUUGCAAGAGCGUUCGUUUUCGUUUACAUUCAAAUUACACAUAAAAUGUAAUCGUUAACACAUUAAUUUCUUAAUAAAAAGUACAUAAAACAAGUACCUUUAACUAGGUACAAUAAAAUACAAGAAAAAGUAUAAUUUUAUAUAGCGAGGAUAGGGCCAAACUCAAGCUUAGCUGAUAAAAUACUCAAUAAACAUAUGUGAUGAGUUUCAAUGCUUACAAUGCUUUCGUGGCUAAUAAGAUAGAAUAUAAGUUGUAUUAUCUCUCUAUUCAAACACCAUGUAUUUAUAAUUACGAAUACAAACAUGCUCUAUAUAUCUGACCACAGAGUAAAAAUAAAUACAUUAUGAAAUACUUUUGCCUCGUAAUUAAAAAUACAUGUUGUUGUUCUUUGAUCGUCAUGACAAUGUGUAUACAUACUUCACUUAUUGUAUUUAUGAAGAAUAUCAGAUCCCGUUCAUAUCUGCUUAGAUAUUUGUAUUAAAUUAACAAAUUAAUUCAGAAAACAUUCGCGAUGUUUUGCUACUGUUGUAAAAUGAACAAUUGAUUUUCGAAUUAUGAUUAUGUCAUGAAGUUGUUUGCCAUAUUUUUUCUUUGUUAUGUACCUAGAUCGAAUCUUAUUAGGAAUUGUAUUUGUUUAAGUAAAUCGGUAAAGUUUUUAAUUUUUGUGGUGUUAUCCUUUUUUUACGUACGUAUUUGGAUGUGUAUCUCGAAAUUUAUGUUUAAUUUAUUGUUUUUGUGUGAAACUAUAGGUUUUAGGUGAAUUAUGUGAGGGAACAUACAUGUAGAUGUAUUAUUUAUUUCUGUGUCACCGUUCAUGCCUGUUAGCAAUAAAACCAUUCCAUUAUCAUAAUGUUUAGUUCUAUGUAUAUUCUGACAAAUCGACGUUAAGUUUCAUUAUUUAAACAAAUAUUUCUUACGAAUAAAAGUGCACCAUAGUUCAAAUUGAGUCAUUCAGUUCAGAUAUAAACAUGUAUAGCUUAGAUAAGUAGGUCCAACUAUCUAGCUGUGUUGUGGCACUUAUUCUAGACAAACUUGCAUCUAUCAUAGUGAACGCAACCUAAAAUCAGCGCCACAGCACAUUCACAGACCUACAGUGAUCAAAUUGAAUAAAAAAGAAUUGAUUAGUGAAUAUAGUAAUAAAAAAGCAUUAUUUCGUGUAGCAUCUCAAAAGAUAUAUCAUAUUUUGUAAAUUUUAUAGUGUUGCUAUAGCUAUGUAAUCUAUAUAUGUAUGUCCCUGUGUUCUUAGCUAAGCUUAGCGCUCUGAGAACGAGUAACCAACAUUUAUUUAUGUAUAAAAAUAUAUAUAAUUUAACAGUUCUAAUUAUAAACACUUUAGAUAUAAACACUUGAAUAAACCGCUUCUGAUUACGUACAUUUACCCCCCAAACUAAUAUCUCCUCAAUAUGUCUUCUUUUUCGUAUUUGGUUCAUUUGCUCUUACGGCCAGUGUCCAACUACUAUGGGUGUGUGUAUCAACAUCGGAAAACAUCGACAUAAGUAAUCCAAUGUCAGCACCUUUUUAAAACUUUCUAGGUGACGUUAAACGCCCUUUAUCUAUUUCCUACAUCGUCGCUCAAAAUAUCCCCAGAACUUUUAAAUUUUCUUUACUCCCACGACCCCGACACUGGCCACGCCCUCGUGAACUAAACGUAAAUAUAAUAAGUAUACAGUCUGAUGUAAUUUUGUAUUGCUAGCUGUUGUGAAUAAGAUUUAUUUACAUUGAGAAACACAGAUAAUAAAUAGCCUUUUAUUGUGAAAGCUGGUAUAUGGUAGGUACACUGUAACAUGUGAAAUAACUAUUGUUGUUCUCAUUUCUAAGAGUAUUAUUCUAGUCUGCAUUAAAGUUAAGAAUAAACUGAACAAAUUGAU